GGCCACCUCCUGCCUGUCUCUGACUCCUUUUGACGGCUCUCCUUUUUUACCUAUUCUAUUCCUCUUCCUCCCCUCUCCAUCCCAACCAGAUUCUCGACCACAUUCGCUCGUUGCUGUUGCUAUUGCUGUAAGUACCUUACCUGGACUCCCACCCCCGAUUGCCCGCCGCCUGCUUCCCCUCCAACCCUUCUUCACCCCAAGGUACCGCCGAUCACCGCAACCGCACUCAAUCUGCUCCAACCAAGCAGAUUGCACUUCUGAUCUGGCUUCCGAAGCACCUCACUUUGCCUCUCUGCCAUUUUCGCAGUCUUGGUACCUCCCCCGCCCUUCCCCCCAGCUCUCGUUCACCGCGGGAGUACCUUGCUUUCCCUCCGCCGACCUGCCUCAUUCCGCACCUUGCCUUAUUUUUCUCUCCCAAAUCACAUGGAGAAGCUCACAAAUUACGUCAGGCUACACAGAACACUUUGAGCUACCAGCAAUCUUUUUCGCCGUAAAUCCCACGGCGAAUCCCCUGUCAAUGUAGGCACUACCCCGCCGUCCUCGAAAUCACCGCUUGUUUUUCCCUCUCCUUUUCCACACCGUCCCUUCUACACCUACAGAAAAAAUACGAUACACUAGAUUUUCGCUCUUUGCUCCGGUACAAUCCAUUAACAUUUUCUUAGUAUAUUCAGCUUCACACCGCGAAUCGCGUCAGAUAUCCUUCACAAUGGCUCAAGCGAUUAAGAGCGCUCUUCCCACCCACCUCAAGUCCCCCCUCGGCGGCCAGGGCAAGAGCGAUGAGGAGUUCAGCUCCCGCCACCACGGCAAGACGAGAUCCCACAUGGCUUUCGAGAACACUUCCACCAGCGUUGCUGCUGCCCAGAUGCGCAAUGCCCUCACCCAGCUUUCUGAGACCGUCACCGACCCCGAGCAGAAGAAGCUGUUCGAGACGGAGAUGGACAACUUCUUCGCCCUCUUCCGCCGCUACCUGAACGACAAGGCCAAGGGCAACGCCGUCGACUGGGACCGUAUUGCUCCCCCCGCCCAGGGCCAGGUUGUUGACUACGAGGACCUCGCCAACUCCGAGUCCGUCCAGUUCCUCAACAAGCUUGCCGUCCUGAAGCUCAACGGUGGUCUCGGUACCUCCAUGGGCUGUGUCGGUCCCAAGUCAGUCAUCGAGGUCCGUGACGGCAUGUCCUUCCUCGACCUGUCUGUCCGCCAGAUCGAGUACCUCAACCGCACCUACGAUGUCAACGUGCCCUUCAUCCUCAUGAACUCAUUCAACACCGAUGAGGACACCGCUUCCAUCAUUAAGAAGUACGAGGGCCACAACGUCGACAUCCUCACCUUCAACCAGUCCAGGUACCCCAGAAUCCUGAAGGACUCUCUCCUUCCCGUCCCCAAGAAGACCGACUCUUCCAUCAACGACUGGUACCCCCCUGGUCACGGUGACGUUUUCGAGUCGCUCUACAACUCUGGUAUUCUCGACAAGCUCAUUGAGCGCGGUAUUGAGGUUGUCUUCCUGUCCAACGUUGACAACUUGGGUGCCGUCGUCGAUCUCCGCAUCCUCCAGCACAUGGUUGAGACUGAGUCUGAGUACAUCAUGGAGUUGACCAACAAGACCAAGGCCGACGUCAAGGGUGGUACUAUCAUCGACUACGAGGGAUCCGUCCGUCUUCUCGAGAUCGCCCAGGUCCCCAAGGAGCACGUCAACGAGUUCAAGUCCAUUAAGAAGUUCAAGUACUUCAACACCAACAACAUCUGGCUGAACCUCAAGGCCAUCAAGCGCGUCGUCGAGAACGAUGAGCUUGAGAUGGAGAUCAUUCCCAACGGAAAGACCAUCCCUGGUGACAAGAAGGGCGAGUCUGACAUCUCCAUUAUCCAGCUGGAGACCGCUGUCGGUGCUGCCAUCCGUCACUUCAAGAACGCCCACGGUGUCAACGUUCCCCGUCGUCGCUUCUUGCCCGUCAAGACCUGCUCUGACCUGAUGCUCGUCAAGUCUGAUCUCUACACCGUCAAGCACGGCCAGCUCCAAAUGAGCUCCAGCCGCUUUGGUGACGCUCCUCUCAUCAAGUUGGGCAGCGACUUCAAGAAGGUCUCUGACUUCCAGAAGCACAUCCCCUCCAUCCCUAAGAUCAUCGAGUUGGACCACCUUACCAUCACUGGUGCCGUCAACCUUGGCCGUGGCGUCACGCUCAAGGGUACCGUCAUCAUUGUUGCGACGGAAGGCAGCACUAUUGAUGUGCCUCCUGGAUCCAUCCUCGAGAACGUCGUUGUGCAGGGUAGCUUGCGCCUGCUUGAGCACUAAGUGGCUUUUUUUUUGCAGGUUUUGUAUUUUGAGCACAUUCCGGUCAGAUGUCACGAUGCAUUGAGAAUCAUCACAAGAGGACAAUCUGGAGGCGAGGUGGAACAGUAGAGAGAAACCAACGAUCAUUCCCCCCAAAAAGGCGGCGUCUGCAUAAGGUAUCUGUGGCAGCGGCAGAACAAACUCGAUAGUAUUUUAAUAAGGCACCUCAAACCAUGCGUGUGCAUUUCGUUGACCUCCACCUGCACUUGCAUUGGUUAUGUCUCCCUCUGAUCCCUGUGAAUUGCCGUGGAUUUUGGCAUGGUCCGUCGAGGACCGUUCGUGUGUAACGAUAUCGGUCUGCCGGUAACUUGGACCUGCAUUUCCGUGUGGAGUGGUCCAGAACCGACUAGCAACGAGUAGCGGUGAGACAAGGAAAAAGGAAUCUGAAAAGUCAACAUGAGAAACACAACAAAAACAAAAUUGAGGUGAACAAUGCGCGCGGUUACAUGCCGGUCCUUACUCCGGGC